GAGUUUCUGUGCCUACGUGGUGCAGCGCAACGUGACGUGCACGCUGCAGGACGGGGCCGAGAGCUACGUCAAGGCUGAGUACCACAAGUGCAGCUGGGGACCCAAGUGCCCAGGGAAAGUGCUGUACCGCACCUUCUUCAGGCCCAGGUACAAGAUUGGCUACAAGACAGUGACCGAGCUGUCCUGGAGGUGCUGCCCUGGCUUCAUGGGAGAAGGGUGCCAUGACAGCCCCACAGACCAGCCUGGCCUCCUGCCCCAGCACCCCAGCCCCAAAAUGCCCCCUGGGCAGAAGAUGUUUCCAAUGCCCAGGCUUCCUCCCUAUCCCAAAAGCCACCCUGACCUGUUUCCAGGACCAAAGAAGAAUCAAUACGGCAGGAAGCUGCCUGGCCUCUUUGGGGACCGCCUGGACCGGCUGGAGGAGGAGGUGAGGCGCCUCUCCCAGUCCUACGACAGCCUGCACGCCUUGGUGAGCGGGCUGGGGGACCGCCUGCGCCUGGCCAUCCAGGAGGACACCACCAAGAUGAUCGGCUCCCUGAUGAACAGCCCGGGCACGCCGGACUCCUCCGUGGGUUUCGGCAUCAUUCCCGAUGGGCUGGUGGACGUGGCAGACAAAGCCGACAUGGCCACGUACCCUCCCGUAGGGGACAUCCUGACCAAAGUGACCGAGGUGAGCGACGUGCUGAAGACCAAGGCGGAUCUGCUGCACGAGGUGCGGGGCAUGGUCCUGGACCACGACGGGCAGAUCAAGCACCUGCUGGAAUCCGCCCGGCCCUCGCCCCUCACCUCCAUCGACCUGCUGGAGGAGUACGUGGACACGAGGCUGAGCAGCCUGCGUGGGGAGCUGCUGGAUGGCUUUGAGAAGAAGCUGGGCAAGAUCCAGACCACAUGUGAUUUCCGCAUCCAAGAGGUGCGGCAGCAGUGCGAGGAGGAGAAAGCCGCCAACCUGCGGCUGCAGCAGACGCUGGAUGGGAAGGAGCUGGAGAUCAAGAAAGAGAUCUCUCAGCUGGAGACCCAGAUCCAAGGGCUGACGGUGGUGGAAAGCUGCUGCAGCAACCUGGACUACCUCACUGAUCGCAUGAACAUCCUUGAGAAAGGCCUUCACAGCAUCUCCGAGUCCCAGAAGAACCUGCACUCACGUCUGGAUGGAGAAAUCUCCACUGUCACCCUAGGGAACCUCUUUGAAGGGCGCUUCGAGGACCUGGAAGCCAGGCUCAAUGCCACAGAGAGGGAAAUGGGGAGCUGCUGCUCUGGUAUAGAGGACAGCAUGAAAGGCACGGUGGUGGCAGAGGUGGAUGGCAUGAGGACUGCCUUUGAAGACAAAAUGCAGACCCUGGAAGACAGGUUCAUGACCAUCGUGGGGGAGCUGAACAAUGUCAGUUCUCCCAUGGGCAUGGACGGAGCAGUGGUGCCUGUGCUGGAAGGGGAGCUUGCCAGCAUGAGGAAAAGGACAGAUGAGACACUGGAGGCAUUGCAGAAUCGCCUCAUCACCCUGGAGACCACCUGCUCCCUGGGCUGCACCUCUGCCUCCAAAGAUGUGGAGACCUUUCGGACGGAGAUUGAGGACUGCCAGAACAAGAACCAGGACCUGCUGCUCCGCAUGGACAGCAAUUACGACCUCCUGCGCAAGCUGAACGCCACCAUCCUGGAGAUCCAGCGGCGCAUCGAGGAGGAAGCAUCGGGGGCUUUGCAAGGGGAGAUCACCUUGCUGAAGAUCAACCUGAACACUGUGAGCAAGUCUCUGACAGGGCUCAAGGACUCAGUCUCCCAGUACUCAGACACCGUGACGCAUGUCAAUUCCUCGCUAGAUGAGCACGAGCGGAAGAUUGAGGACGAGGUCCACUCCAUCCAGGAGAAAGUCAACGACCAAGGUUCCCAGCUUUUCUUCAGCAACCGCCGCGUCCUGAACCUCAAGGGAGACCUGGAGCGACUCAAAGCCAGGAUUGUGAGCGACCUGAGCUCCUGCAAGAGCGUGGCCCACGGCCUGCAGCAGGAGGUGUCUCGCUUCGACGAGCGGGUGGCGCGGGUGGAGAGCGCCUGCGGCCGGCUGGGGGCCAUCCCCGGCAGCCUGGACGGCAUCAGGGAGGAACUGGAGAAACACACGGGCAGCCUGUGGGACUACAUGGACCACGUGAACGGGACACUGGCUGCCCACUCUCAGGAAAUAACAGGACUGAAGGACAACUUGCUCGACUGCCAAGCCAAGGUCUCUGAGCUGGCAGAGCAGGUCGGGCACUUGGAGGAGAAGGCGGAGAGGAGGCAGCAUUAGCCACACUGCCAUGCCAUGCGUCUUCCUUCUCCUGCUGUGAAGGACAGGAUUAAAUUAUAUCACACAGACUCACUCCAAUGUGACAACAGUUCUUGGGAUAAUUUUAUAUGAAAAGCUGCUACAUUUUUUUCCCUUUAAUCUUGUUGGCCCCACUUCUCCUUAACUCCAUCAUGCUGGUGCUCCCCUCCUCAUGCUCAGCAACUGUCCUGACCCUGGCACAGCAGUGUCACUGCCUCCUGGCUGGGGGUGUUGCUUUGGCUCCUGGGCUGAUGACCCCAGAAGGACAAUUCAAAAGUAAGCUGGAGGCAGAAACAUAUUUUUUAAUUUUAUUUUUGUGGAUUUAUCAUUUCUUGAAGAAUAAAACCCUGUAGUUAUCAGCUGA